AUAAACUUGCUUGUUUAAAAUAUAACUUAAUUGUUUCGAAUGUUACGUGUAAAAGUAGACAUAGAAGUGGUUUUCAAAGAUUGUAACUUGUAUAUAACUUGGGGUUACACAAAUACGGCGAAUAGAGUCAUUACAGGCGCUUCCAAGAUGUUGUCAACGAUUAUUCUUCUGGGCCUGUUGUCUUUCAUCCGAGCUGGAGAGGCGACGAGGGAAGUCAGUCCCAGGAUCUCCUCGGGCUCCGAGGCCCAGAUACAGCAGUACCCCUACCUCGUGUCGCUGGACCAGGCGCUCGGCGGCUCGGAGCUGCACUACUGCACGGGGGCCGUCAUCGGCGACCUCUGGGUGCUGACCUCGGCACGCUGCACCACCAGCGAGCAGGCCUCCUCGCUGGUUGUGCGCGCCGGGGGCGGAUCCCCGGGACAGGGGGCGCGCCACGAGGCGGCGCUGGUCCUCACGCACCCCAGCUACACCUCCGUGGACGAGCCGCAGAACGACAUCGGCCUCAUCAAGGUCAAGACGCCCUUCUCGUACAGCGCCAGUCUGCAGGCGGCGAAGCUGCCCUCCGCCAACAGCAGUCUGGCCGCCGGCGCUGUCUCCACCGUGGUCGGCUGGGGGCGCCAGGGCUCCGGAGGACAGGCGCUGGUCCCGCGGGCGGUGACCGCCUCGCUGGUCUCCAACCAGGAGUGCUCCCGGGACUUCCAGCAGGGACUCAUCACUGACGGCAACAUCUGCGCCGACUCCCUGCGCGCCUCGGGCAAGGUGGCGGAGGCUGACUCGGGGUCCCCCGUGGUGGUGGCGGGGACCCUGGUGGGCGUGGUCUCCUGGACCUCCGACUACAUCGCCUACUACAACAUCUACGCCAACGUGAGCACCUACCGCAGCUGGAUCUACUCGCAGACUGGCGUCUAGGCGACCUCCAGGUGGCUCUGAGCGCCAGCGCUCGCGAAGACGCGAAUAAAAGCAUUUUGUUGAAACAGUAAACAAAGCUUACCGUUUA